AACAUGCUUACAACUAUGUUAGUGCGCUGUUAACUAAUCAGAAGUCAUAUUGCGUGGCUUUUCAUUGGUUAACAGCGCGCUGACAUAGUUACAAGCGUGUUCUGAAUAUGGGCCAAGGAGAACAAUAGGAGUUAGCAAUCUAGUGUAUUAUAUAGAAGCUUGUGCUUGUAAGGGGAAAUAGAGUGAGCAAGAACCGUGCACGCUUUGCCGUUAUCGUCAGGACAGAUGUAGUGUGCACACAUUUUCUCAGGGUGCGCGUCGGAAUUCAGCAGAAGAAGCGUCCCGGCGUAAUGGGGAGUAUGUAUCUAGUCGACACAGCACGAUUGGACACAAAAUAAAUGAUUGGUUUGAUCUAGUAAUUCACCAGAUAAUACUUUGCAUCGGUUGAUUGUGUGCAAUCGUGCUGCGUCGAAUUGUUGGGUGCUUCUCGUAACCGGCCUGGUGGCCGCUCUCAGGUUCCCCUCUGCUAUAAUAUACAUGACACAAACUAUGUAUUUUCAAUUCUAUAUACUGGCAGUGAAUAUCGGAACGCAGCCUAUGUAGAUUAACAAGACGAAUUAAAAUAUGCCAGGAGAAUGGCGUUGGGGCCACAGAUGUCUAUACUAUACUAGAUACCUAACUUCGAGCUUUGGCCUAUACGAAGGCUGUGCCGAGCGUAUUUUCCGGUUUGGCCAUGAAGACCGCCAAGACAUGGCGGCGGUGUAUGCUUGUAGUGUGUACGUGACUACCCGAUGCGUAUGUAGUAGUAUGUAUGUGAUACUUGAUAUGUUCGUAUCUACUGCUAUUAAUAUUAUUAAAACUGUAAAUCUACAAACGAAAUAAUGCCGAAUAAGUGUUGUAAAUUGCAAAAGUACGAAUAAGAAAGAACAUCAUUUAAAGAUGAUUUUUAUCUUUCAUUGUUUUUGUCAGUAAAUACAUUCUAAGUGUUAAGUAUUUAUGACAAAUAAUAUUUAUUAAUUCAAACGGUGUGGCCUAUCUGUACCUAUCUCAAAUCCUUCGUAGCACUCAGAGUGAGUAGGAAAUAAAUUCGUGUCUAAUGCAUAUAUGCGUGUAACUCGACAAAUUAUUUUACCAUAUGCAUCUUUUGGUAGCUUAUUUACACUUUUUCUUAAUAACUGACAUUCUUUUUCGGUUGCACGGACAAUUUUAUAUACAUCAUUUGAUGCGUAUAUUAAACUUCCCUUAUCUUUUAUAUCUAUUAACAUAGUGUAUGACGAAAUAUUAUGUUGCUUAUCGCUGACUUCACUGAUGGUGUUGGCAAUGCAGUCUUUACACAUUAAUGUACGAAUAAUUGUUUUGAUUAUGAAACCUGCCAUAUAAUAUAAAAUGUUGUCUUUGAGGGAACUACUUUCACUCACAGCGGCAUUAUGAUCUAGGUCUAUAUCUUCAUUUUCAUCAUAUAAAUCAUCAUACAUCUCAUAAUCUGUCAAUCUAUCAAUGUUAUCGUGCCAAUUUUGAACAUACUUUUUCUUUACCCAUUUUAAUUUGAAUUGUGCAUUGUUUUCUAUAUCAAAACUGACACAAUUAACUGUAUCUGAUGCUGAAUCGAAUUUUUUACCAGUAAACUUUUCAUAGCAGCUUUAAAUUGCAACACAUUUGGUUAGGUAAAUAAGUGAUAAGUGAUCUUAUGACUUAAAUAAGUGAUAUCCGUUUUUAUUUGUAUUAUUGCAAUUGACAAUGCAAGGUAAAUGUGCAGAAAACGGGCCUCCUCACUAAAUCGAAUAAAACUUUGUCAUAUUAUGUAUUUCGAUGCAUAGAAUACAAAAAUGAAAGUUAGAAACGUCGCUCUGCAACAGGACGAAAGAUAUAACGCGUUAAAGAUUGACACUUUUCGGGGUUAAUAAAUCUGUCAUGUCAACGAUGCACUGAUAGAAGAGCAUGCGCAGUAACAUGUGGUUUGUUCUUUUUGGUUGCAUUGGGCGUUUAUAUCAAUGUACAUCAGUUCAGCAGCUAAAGAGAAUAGACCAUAAGAGCGCGAUUGUACACAUACACACACACCGAAGGGGGGGGUGCGGGGGGGCCUUCGGCUCCCUCACCCGCACCCCCCCCUCGAGGGUCGGCGGGUGCAACUCGCUUAUUGCGACUUUGCACGUGAAGCGAGUUGCAGUUGCCUUCGGCCCCCCCACCCGCACCCCCCUUCGGUGUGUGUGUGUGUACAAUCGCGCUCUUAUGGUCUAUUCUCUUUAGCUGCUGAACUGAUGUACACUGAUAUAAACGCCCAAUGCAACCAAAAAGAACAAACCACAUGUUACUGCGCAUGCUCUUCUAUCAGUGCAUCGUUGACAUGACAGAUUUAUUAACUUCGAAAAGUAUCAAUUUUUAACGCGUUAUAUCUUUCGUCCUGUUGCAGAGCGACGUUUCUAACUUUCAUUUUUGUAUUCUACGCAUCGAAAUACAUAAUAUGACAAAGUUUUAUUCGAUUUGGUGAGGAGGCCCGUUUCCUGCACAUUUACCCAAUGCAACAUGUACUUGGCAUUAUCUCGUUUGUAGAUUUACAGUUUUAAUAAUAUUAAUAGCAGUAGAUACGAACACAUCAAGUAUCACAUACGUACUACUACAUACACAUCGGGUACUCACGCACACACUACAAACACACACCGCCGCCAUGUCUUGGCGGUCUUCAUGGCCGAACUGGAAAAUACGCUCGGCACAGCUGUUUUUAGAAGUUAGGGGCGUAGGGGCUUACUCCCACAGGCUCAGAGCCAUCUAUUGAAGGAAGGAAGGAAUUAAAAUAUGUGUACCACACAUGGCGGGAAAACUGCGUCCCUUUGUUAGAUAUUUUGCAUGUGAGGAUAGAUAUCGUGAUAUCAACAUUGUGUUAACAAAGGAUUAAGUUUUAAGUUUUAAGGAUAAAUUUAAGGCUCGCAUACAAUGAUAGCGAUUAUGUUAACUGUCUUCUACGGAAUACAUACUGACAAUAAACUUGCACACAAGGUUCUGUCAAAGUUCCUCUCACGGAAUUUUAAUGCCCUUACUGUGGAUACUUGAGUGAAUAAUCCAUUGUGUGCUUGAAUGUUGCUUACUUUAUUCUAAGUGUUGAAUAAUUUAAACAUUGUCUCAGAGCAACAAUAACUGAAAAUUUAUCCUACUUUUAGUAUUCUACUUUACUACUUCAAGAUUAUACAGUUCUGAAAUCUGGACUCUGACACACAGAAAGAUAAAAAAGAAGCUAGCUGCUUAUCACAUCAAGUAGGAUUGCACAAGUAGAUUCCAAUGUUUAGUAUUCUGGGAAGAAUGACACAUAGUAUCUCUAUGUCUACUCAUAUGAAUACAUCUUAUGAGGAAGCUAUAAAAGCAUUAUGUCUCACUCUGCAAAGCAAUGCUGCGUACUUGCAGUCUGUCCAACAACAUGUUACAAAUGAUCCUAAUAAAUUAAAAGAUACAGAAAAAUAUUUACUUAGAUCUGGUAUAACUCUAGAGCAACUGGAUAGCCUAUCCUUUAUUCAUGUGGCUGGCACUAAAGGUAAAGGCACGACAUGUGCGUUCAUGGAGGCUAUUCUACGACAGUAUGGCUUUAGCACAGGUUUCUUCAGCUCACCACACCUGAUCUCUGUACGGGAACGCAUACGAAUAAAUGGCGAGCCGAUCAGCCAAACGUACUUCGCGCGUUCUUUCUGGAAGAUUUACAGUCGUCUGGAACAGCAUCGCGAGCACGACUCGGACAUGCCGACGUACUUUAAGUUCCUGACAAUCCUCAUGUUCCACGUAUUCCUAGAAGCGAACGUGGACGUGGCGAUCGUUGAAGUCGGGAUAGGCGGCGAGCUAGACUGUACCAAUGUCCUGCGGAAGCCAGUCUGUGUAGGCGUGACGAGCCUGGGCCUGGAGCACACGUCGUUGUUGGGAAACACUUUGGAGGAGAUCGCCCAUCAGAAGUCGGGAAUCUUUAAACCAGACGCAGCAGCCUUCACCGUGCCGCAAGCGGAAUCCGCGAUGCGCGUUCUGCAACAACGCGUCAUCGAAAGACGGUGUCGCAGCUUGAAAGUUGUUCCCGCGAUCCAGAAUAAAAAAUGGAACGAGAUUUUUUCAUCAACAAAUAUCAUCAGCGAUGUGCAGCGACAGAACGCCUCAUUGUCGAUCCACAUGGUCCUCGAAUGGAUGAAAUCGCGACACGAUAAGUUGUCAUCACUAAUCAUAGACAACGAAUACAAUGAUACAUUUUACAAGCAUCAAAAUGAUAAAGACGAGUUAUCUAAGAAUAUUUCUUUAGAGAAAGUUGCGAUGGCAUUUGCGAAUUGCAAGUGGCCUGGUCGAACGCAGAUCCUGAAAACCAGCGUGGCGGACUUCUUCUUGGAUGGCGCUCACACUGUCGAGAGUAUCGUUCACUGCAUAUCUUGGUUCAAAAGAACGAAUCGCGGAGCUUCUAGCAAGUUCUUGAUAUUCAACACCACAGGCGACCGGAAUUCGUUCGAGCUUUUGAAGCUGUUGGCGCCCUUGAACUUCGACAAAGCUUACUUCACGCCCAAUUACGCCGGAGUAGCCAACGUCGAGAAUUUAUCCGAUUACGCGAUGACAUACGACCAGAGAAAAAAGUGCAAGAAACACUGUGAACAAUGGGGCAAAGACUCGAUAUUGAAAAACAGCGUUGCUGAGGUGCUCGUCGAUAUCAAAAGGCACGUGUCGUCGCAAAUGACUAAUGAAGAGAAAGUGGAGGUACUUGUCACAGGUUCCUUGCACUUGGUUGGCGCAUUAUUGACCAUUUUGGAUCCUAACUUGACGAUGAACAGCGACUUUUGAUGUAACGUAACGAACAUACAGAUUUGUGCUAAAUGGCAGAUGUGUCAGUCA